CAAGCUCGGUUUCCAUAGAGACCGUCUGUGGUAGAGCCCAGUGGACCCCUAGCUUGGACACAACAACAACAGAGGAGGAACCACAGCACGUUUUGCUGCACAGGGCUUGGAGUUCAGGAUGUCCUUCAGAGACUUAAGAAAUUUCACAGAGAUGAUGAGGGCCUUGGGCUAUCCUCGCUUGAUCUCUAUGGAGAACUUCAGAACACCAAACUUCACUCUAGUGGCAGAGAUCUUAAUAUGGCUUGUAAAGAGAUAUGAGCCUCACACUGAUAUUCCCACUGAUGUGGACACAGAGUCAGACAGAAUAUUCUUCGUCAAGGCUGUGGCUCAGUUUAUGGCGACAAAGGCUCACAUCAAAGUGAACACCAAGCGUCUCUACCAGGCUGAUGGCUACGCAGUGAAAGAGAUGCUGAAGAUCACCUCAGUGCUGUACAGUGCAAUGAAAACCAAGCAGAUGGCUCUGGGAGAUAGAGCUGAGGAGGACAACAACAAGUUUAAGUUUGACCUCGGCUCACGGAUUUCCGAUCUUAAAGCAGCUCGGCAGCUGGCAUCCGAGGUCACAUCUAAAGGAGCAUCUCUAUAUGAUUUACUGGGAAAAGAGGUGGACCUAAGGGAAAUGAGAACUGCAGCCAUUGCCAGACCUCUGGAGAUCAAUGAGACUGAAAAGGCCCUGAGGGCUUCCAUCAAGGAGGUUUUGGAAAGUGUGGAAAAGACCAAAGACAUGCUGAGUAAUGUUGUGUCUGAUGAGACCAGUUUGGACGCCAAAAUAGAAAAGAAGAAGCAGGAGCUGGAGAGGAAUCGGAAGAGGCUCCAGACCCUGCAGAGUGUCAGGCCAGCAUUCAUGGACGAAUAUGAGAAGAUCGAGGAAGAUCUGCAGAAACAAUAUGACACGUACGUGGAGAAGUUCAGGAACCUCAGCUUCCUGGAGUCUCAGCUGGACGAAUAUCAUCGACUGGAACAGGAGAGGUUUGAGGAAGCUGAAAACACUCUGAGGAUAAUGCAACACAAACUAAGAGAGGAGGAGAGGGAGCUGAUGAAGAGUUCCUUAAAAGAAGAGGACUCUGACAUGGACGUUCCAGAGGACGAAGGUUCAGACAGCGACAUGGAAGAGUGUCGGCCCUCUAAACCACGACCCACACGAAACGGCAUCAUGGCAGGCAGAGGAGCCCGUUUCAUUGGGAACAUGCAGGGCGGUGACAGUGAUGAGACUGAAGACAGCGAAAUCGAUGUGGACGAGGAUGAUGAGGAAGAUGAGGAAGACGAGGAGGAGGAGGAGGAGGACGAGGAGGAGGAGAGCAAGGAUUUGGAGGAUGACAGUUUGGAGGGCCCGGUGUCCAGGGGUCCUCGUCCCCCUCGGGGAGGCAUGAGACCUCCUUUGUUGGAGGAAAGCGACAACGAUUUCUGAAUUUCUCUCCAGCUGUUUCUGUAUUUAAUACAUGUCAUCACUUCUCAUAAAAAUGAUUCUCUAUCAUGUUGUUUUUGUAUCAUAAACCAUCAGCAUAGGUCCUAUUCUUGAAUAUUUGUGUGAACUGUUUAUCAUAAUAAAAUAUUGAAACUGUAGUUUUAA